GGCUGAGGCAUAAAACUGGCUGAGGGCCUUGAGGCCAGCAAAGAAGAAUCAUGAGGUUCAUCCUGCUGGUGGGUUUGAUCGCUACCACCCUUGCGAUUGCUCCUCUCCGCUUUGACAGGGAAAAGGUGUUUCGUGUGAAGCCCCAGGAUGAAAAACAAGCAAACAUCAUAAAGGACUUGGCCAAAACCAAGGAGCUUGACUUCUGGUAUCCAGAUGCCACCCACCAUGUAACUGCUAACAAGAUGGUGGAUUUCCGAGUGAGUGAAAACAACUCCCAGUCCAUCCAGUCUGCCCUGGAACAAAAUCAAAUGCACUAUGAAAUCCUGAUUCAUGAUCUGCAAAAAGAGAUUGAGAAACAGUUUGAUGUUAAAGAAGCUAUCCCAGGCCGGCACAGCUAUGCAAAAUAUAAUAACUGGGACAAGAUUGUUGUAUGGACUGAAAAAAUGAUGAAUAAGCACCCCGAAAUGGUAUCUCGUAUUAAAAUUGGAAUGACUGUUGAAGAUAAUCCACUCUAUGUUCUCCAGGUUGGGAAACAGGAUGAAAGAAAGAAGUCUGUUUUUAUGAACUGUGGCAUCCAUGCACGAGAAUGGAUCUCCCCAGCAUUCUGCCAGUGGUUUGUCUAUCAGGCAACCAAAAGUUAUGGAAAAAACAAAAUUAUGACCAAACUCCUGGACCAAAUGAAUUUUUAUGUUCUUCCUGUUUUCAACGUUGAUGGAUAUAUUUGGUCAUGGACACAGAACCGCAUGUGGAGAAAAAAUCGUUCCAAGAACCCAAACUCCAGAUGCAUCGGCACUGACCUCAACAGAAAUUUUAAUGCCUCCUGGAACUCGCUUCCUAACACCAAUAACCCAUGUAGCGAUACCUACCAUGGCACUGCGCCAGAGUCCGAGAGAGAGACGAAAGCUGUCACUCAGUUCAUUCGAAGCCACCUGAACUCAAUCAAGGCCUACAUCACCUUCCAUUCCUACUCCCAGAUGCUGUUGUUUCCUUAUGGAUACACUUCAGAGCUGACACCUAAUCACGAGGACCUGGCCAAAGUGGCAAAGAUUGGCACUGACGCUCUAGCAACUCACUAUGAAACCCGCUACAUCUAUGACCCAAUGGCAUCAAUAACCUACCCGACAACAGGUUCUUCUUUAGACUGGGCUUACGAUCUGGGCAUCAAACACACAUUUGCCUUUGAGCUCCGAGAUAAAGGCAAAUUUGGUUUUCUCCUUCCAGAAUCUCAGAUAAAGUCAACCUGUAAAGAGACCAUGCUAGCUGUCAAAUUUAUUGCCAAGUAUAUCCUCAAGCAUGCUUCAUAAAGAAUUAUUCUCAGUUUGGGAUAAGCCAAUUAAUCCAUUUCUGUGCCUUUCGUGGGAAAGACAACUGUCAGCUACCCCUGGGUGCAGCUCCAUAUCACAUGACUAGGUCCUUCUCUUGCUCAUCUAAGUACAGUGUUAUUUCUGUUUGCUUUUAUUUGCAUUUAGUAGCACCUUAACAAAGUAGCUUUAAAUGAAAGCUUUUACCCACCUUUUCUUGCUUCAAGGAAAGUCUGAACCUAGCAGGUAGUAAUAUUCUGAGUACUUUUGAAAGCGGAUAUGCAGUAGGGCCCAGGAAAGAAAUGAGAACCUUCAAUUUCUCCACAAUCAGAUGAUGACCAGGUGGCUGCAUCAUCUCAUGUGCUGAUAUAACAAAAAUAAAUGCAUUUCACAGUUUUAAA